AGGCGGAAGUGUUAAUUGCUCGCCGGCUUCAUCGGCCGGAGCCCCUGCCAGUUACAUAACAACGCCCGCACCGGCUGUGGCUGCUUUCCCUGCGACGCUACGUCGCCCCCAGGAUGCUCUAGAAGCUCCCCCUUCCCGGCCGCCGGCUCCCCAACAAGGCGUGAAUGACAGAGGAAGUGCCCUCCAGUGCACUUAGUGAGGUCAACCUUCGUCUUCUUUGCCACGAUGACAUAGACACAGUGAAGCAGCUUUGUGGUGACUGGUUCCCAAUCGAGUACCCUGACUCAUGGUAUCGUGACAUCACUUCAAAUAAGAAAUUUUUUUCCCUUGCUGCAACUUAUAGAGGAGCCAUUGUGGGUAUGAUAGUUGCUGAAAUAAAAAGUAGGACAAAGGUACAUAAAGAGGACGGAGACAUUCUAGCCUCAAACUUCUCUGUUGACACACAGGUUGCAUAUAUCUUAAGUCUAGGAGUGGUAAAAGAAUUCCGAAAGCAUGGAAUAGGUUCCCUUUUACUUGAAAGCCUGAAGGAUCAUAUAUCUACUACGGCUCAAGACCACUGUAAAGCCAUCUACCUGCACGUCCUCACCACUAACAAUACAGCAAUAAAUUUCUAUGAAAAUAGAGACUUUAAGCAACACCACUAUCUACCCUAUUAUUACUCCAUAAGAGGAGUCCUCAAAGAUGGCUUCACCUAUGUACUCUACAUCAAUGGGGGGCAUCCUCCUUGGACAAUUUUUGACUACAUUCAGCACAUCGGGUCUGCAUUAGCCAACCUGAGCCCGUGUUCAAUUCCACAGCGGAUUUAUCGCCAGGCCCAGAGUCUUCUUUGCAGUCUUCUGCCAUGGUCAAGCAUUUCUGCCAAGAGUGGCAUCGAGUACAGCAGAGCCAUGUGAUUUGGUCAGAAGGCCCUUCCCGGAAGCCACCAAGAGGUGUUUUGUACCCUUCUGCUCCUGAAGCCAUUUACUUCUGCACUGAUGCUGCUAACCCUGGCUUCCACGAAUGCUCCGGAUCUGCCCU